UUCACAUGGCAGCUUCCCCAAGUGUCUCUAAAUUAAAUAUUUUCCCAAAAAAACUAUUUUUUUUCUCUGCAAUUUGCUUUGAUUCCAAUUGAAGGGACGCACGAUUUUAAUGGCAGUUUAACAGGAGAACACUACUCUCUCUCUCUCUCUCUCAUUCUCCAGAUCCCAAUUUUUUUCAAAAGUUGUUCAUCUUUCUUAUUUCCCCCAGAAAGCUCAAGCUGCUCUCUUGAUCAAGGUUUUGGAAGCAAGUAUGUUUAGAUCUUCACCGAGAAGAGGACAGAGAUCAAAAGGUUUUAAGGUGAAGCAUUGUAUUCAGUUGACUCUGUUGCUUAGUGUUGGGAUAUGGUUGCUUUAUCAAGUGAGGCAUUCUCAUGAGAAGAAAGCUCAUUUUGAGGAGAGUGCAAAGAUUGUUGUUGGGGAUGAUAAAGUUGUUAAGCUUGGUAGGAAAGAUCUUAACCCUCGUGUUGAGGAAGAUGAAGCUGAGGAUGCAGGAGGAGGUAGGAAUGUAAUUGUUGAUAAGGAGAAUGAGGUUGUAGAGGGAGGUGAAGAGGUUAAGGACAAGGAAAGUGAAGAAAGAGAGAUUGAUGAGAAGAAAGAUGAUGGUGGUGGUACUGGUACGGAAGAAAGCGAGGUUGUUGAAGAGAAGAGAGAUGAUAAUGGUGAAACAGAAGAGGGUGUGGUUGAAGAGAAGAGAGAUGAUGGUGGUAGUAGUACUGAAGAGAGUGAGAUCGAAGAGAAGGGAGAUAAUGAGAAGAGUGGUACGGAAGAGAAUGAGAAGAGUGGUACAGAAGAAAGUGAGCUUGAGGAGAAGAAAGACAAUGGAGGUACAGAAGAGAGUGAGGCGGAGGAGAAGAAAGACAAUGGAGGUACAGAGGAGAGCGAGGAGAGUAAAGAGAAGAGUGGUACCGAAGAGAGUGAGGUUGAAGAGAAGAAAGACAAUGGCGGUGGUACCGAAGAGAGCGAGGAGAGUAAAGAGAAUGAUGUCGAGGAGAAGAAAGAAAAUGGUGGUGGUACGGAAGAGAGCGAGGAGAGUAAAGAGAAGAGUGGGACAGAGGAGGUGACUGAUGAGAAGACGAGUAAUGAAGAAGCAAGAGAGAACAAUUACAAGGGAGAUGAUGCUUCUAGUGAGGUAGUCCAUGAGUCCGAGGAAAAGACUAAUGAGUCGGACAACGGUGAGAAAGUGGAUGAUAAGUCGGGUUUAAAGACUGAAGAAGUUGAUGAUUCUGUUAUCAAGAGUGUUUUGCCAAACACAACUGAUAAUGAGGAAAGCAGUAGUGAUGAGAAGAAGACUGGUUCAUCCUCAGGUAAGGAAUCAGAUUCCUCGGAGGGAAUAAAAUCUGAGGGUGAAUCUAUGGAGAAGAAUGAGUUGUUGGAGAAGGAGUUCAAUGAUUCUAAUGGUGAGUCUUCUGAGACCGCGAAAUCAAAGGCCGGUUCUGAAGAAGGAAGUUCUCAAGAAACUAAGAAAGAAGAAGGUGAGAAAGAGAAGGUAGAAUCUUCUGAAGUGUCAUCGCAAGAGGAAAGUAAAGACAAAGAACCUGAGACAAAGGAGAAGGAAGAAUCUUCCUCUCAAGAGGAAAUCAAAGACAAAGAACCUGAGACAAAGGAGAAGGAAGAGACUUCAUCGCAAGGGGAAACUAAAGACAAAGAAACAGAGACAAAAGAGAAUGAAGAGUCUUCGUCCCAAGAGAAAACCGAAGAAAAGGAAACGAAGCCAAAGGAGAACGAAGAGUCUUCAUCUCAAGAGGAAAAUAAAGACAAAGAAAACGAGAAGGUUGAGAAAGAAGAGUCUUCAUCCCAAGAGGAAACUAAAGACAAAGAAAACGAGGCAAAGGAGAAAGAAGAGUCUUCUUCCCAAGAGAAAACCGAAGGAAAGGAAACCGAGACAAAGGAGAACGAAGAGUCUUCUUCCCAAGAGAAAACCGAAGGAAAGGAAACCGAGACAAAGGAGAACGAAGAGUCUUCUUCUCAAGAGGAAACUAAAGACAAAGAAAACGAGAAGAUUGAGAAAGAAGAGGAAACUAAAGACAAUGAAACUGAUACGAAGGAGAAAGAAGAGUCUGUGUCCCAAGACAAAGAAACCGAGCCAAAAGAGAAAGAUGAGUCAUCGUCCAACAAUUCACAGGAAAAUGGAAGUAGUGAGAGUGAGAAGAAGGAACAGGUAGAGGAAAACGAGAAGAAGACUGACGAAGACACAAGUGAAUCUAACAAAGAAAGUAGCAAUUCAGAUACUGAACAAAAGCAACCAGAGGAAACUUCAGAGAAAGAAGAAAGCAACAAGAAUGGUGGUGAGACAGAGGUAACUGAAGAAGAACAUGCUGAUUCUUCUUCAGAGACUAAUCUUCCUCAAGAAGUAAAAGAUGUUAGAACUGAUCUUGAAACUUUGCCGGAUUCUGGCAAUGGAGGAAACAAUGAGGGUGCUGCGGCUGAGUAAAAUCUACUUAUGGUUGAUCAAAAUAUAUACUCUCAUUUGAUGUUGUUUUAGUAGAGUCUUACGAAUUGAAUUUGUGUCAUGUAAUUUGUUGUAAUCUUUUUCUUUAACAUAUUUACAGGUUUAAGUCA